GCCCGGCUCCUGGAGGCGGGGCCUGGGGCUGUCAGUACCGCGCCGCCGCCGCGGCUCCCUGCACGCCGUGGCCGGGGUGGUUUCCAGUGCAGCCGCCCGCCACCCGCCGUCCCGGCAUCCCAAGCCGCCUCCCGCCGUCUUGGCCUGGCGCGCAGGUGUUCAUGAAAAAAAUGCACAAAAUCCUGCCUGGCCGGAAUAAUUCAUGAAGAAGCGGCUGGAUCCGUGGGUCAGAGAACACAGGACCAGUUUGUCAUCCCAAGGCCAAAGGCCUCCCUCCAACACAUUCCUCCAAGCUCUUAGAAAUCUCUGGCACAUCUCAACAAUGAGACUGUGGCUGUCUUUUGGCAGGAUUCUAGGGACACAGCCAGCAGCUUCAACCUAGCUCAUGGAGGAGCCUCAGGAGGCCCCAGCCAGGCAAGCUCCCACCUCCAGGGGAAAGAGUGGUGCAUAGGAGGAGGUGAUUGCCGCAGGAGUGGACAUGAAUGCUGGCUUUCAAAGGCAGCAGCGUUUCAGUUUUGGUCAUCGCAAGUGGUGCCUUCAGCACAGAAGAGCGUGAUUUCUCCUCUGAGGCUGCUGAUCUCCAACACGGAAAUAAAGGGGAAAAGGGGCCAGCAAGGAGCCCCCCCGCCCAACCCCAAUACCCAGCGUGGCAUCUCCCGUGCUGGGACCAGGGAUGACUGGGCCGUGGACUCAGAUAUCACCAACCUUCAACCAUUCGCAUAGCACACAGGGGACUUGUGGGGGCCACCUGCCACUGCCAACUGAAAUAAUACAAUGGCAAUACUGAUAUCCCUCCUGACGUUUUCCCAACAGAUAUUCAGGCAGAAAGUGCUGGUGCAUUUUCUGUCUGCCAAGUAGAGGGCCAUGGCUCACCAAUAUGAAUAGCUUGGGCCCUGAUGACCUGCCCUGAGUCCACUCACAGCCAGUGACACUUGCAAAAAACUCCCAAAGCCGUCUCAGAUUUGGCUUCUGCUGCUCUUGGCCAAUGUGGCUAAAGCUGGACACUUCCUUGGGACACUUGGAUCAUUCGUAAAUGCAGCCUAACCUGACUCUCCCUGAAUAGCAUCCGAAGUCUCUAGGAAGGUCAUGGAUCCUGAACAAAAUAUCAAGGGUAUCAAGAAGGCUGAGGGAAGUCCCCGGAAGAGGCUGACCAAAGGAGAGGCCAUUCAGAGCAGUGUUUCUUCCAGCGUCCCAUACCCAGGCAGCGGCCCAGCUGCUGCCCAAGAGAGCCCUGCCCAAGAGCUCCUAGCCCCGCAGACCUUCCCAGGCCCUUCAUCCGUUCUUAGAGAAGGCUCUCAGGAGAAAAUGGGCCAGCAGCAGAAACCCCCCAAGAGGCCUUCCAUUGAAGCCUCCGUCCACAUCUCACAGCUUCCGCAGCACCCUCUGACACCAGCAUUCAUGUCGCCAGGCAAACCCGAGCACCUCCUGGAGGGGUCCACGUGGCAGCUGGUUGACCCCAUGCGGCCUGGACCCUCAGGCUCCUUCGUGGCCCCUGGUCUCCAUCCUCAGAGCCAGCUCCUGCCCUCCCAUGCCUCCAUCCUUCCCCCCGAGGACCUGCCUGGCAUCCCCAAAAUCUUCAUGCCUCGCCCCUCCCAGGUCUCUGUGAAGCCCGCAGAAGAGGUGCACAAGAAGGAGAGGAAACCCCAGAAACCAGGCAAGUAUAUCUGCCAGUACUGCAGCCGGCCCUGCGCCAAGCCCAGCGUGCUGCAGAAGCACAUACGCUCACACACAGGGGAGAGGCCUUACCCCUGUGGCCCCUGCGGCUUCUCCUUCAAGACCAAGAGUAACCUCUACAAGCACAGGAAGUCCCAUGCCCACCGCAUCAAAGCGGGCCUGGCCUCCGGCCUUGGCGGUGAGAUGUACCCCCCAGGGCUGGAGAUGGAGAGGCUCCCCGGGGAAGAGUUUGAGGAGCCCACCGAGGGAGAAACCACAGAUUCUGAAGAGGAAACCAGUGCCACCUCCGGGCACCCCACAGAGCUCUCCCCCAGGCCCAAGCAGCCCCUUCUCUCCAGCGGGUUGUACAGCUCUGGGAGCCAUGGGUCCAGCCUUGAACGCUGUUCCUUGUCCCAGUCCAGCUCAGCCCAGUCUCUUGAGGACCCCCCUCCAUUUGUGGAACCCUCAUCUGAGCACCCCCUGAGCCAUAAACCCGAAGACACCCACACAAUUAAGCAGAAGCUGGCCCUCCGCUUGAGCGAGAGGAAGAAGGUAAUCGACGAGCAGGCCUUUCUGAGCCCAGGCAGCAAGGGGAGUACAGAGUCUGGGUAUUUCUCCCGCUCUGAGAGCGCUGAGCAGCAGGUCAGCCCUCCAAACACCAACGCCAAGUCCUAUGCUGAGAUCAUCUUUGGCAAGUGCGGGCGGAUCGGGCAGCGGACCUCCAUGCUGACAGCCACCUCCACCCAGCCCCUGCUGCCCCUGUCCACUGAAGACAAGCCCAGCCUGGUGCCUUUGUCUGUGCCCCGUACACAGGUGAUCGAGCACAUCACAAAGCUCAUCACCAUCAAUGAGGCCGUGGUGGACACCAGCGAGAUAGACAGUGUGAAGCCAAGGCGCAGCUCUCUGUCCAGACGCAGCAGCAUGGAAUCCCCCAAGUCCAGCCUCUACCGGGAGCCCCUGUCAUCCCACAGCGAGAAAACCAAGCCAGAACAAUCACUGCUGAGCCUGCAGCACCCACCUAGCACCGCCCCCCCUGUGCCUCUGCUGAGAAGCCACUCAAUGCCUUCUGCCGCCUGCACUAUCAGCACCCCCCACCACACCUUCCGAGGUAGCUACUCCUUCGAUGACCAUAUCCCCGACACCGAUGCCCUGAGCCGCAGCAGUCAAGUGUUUACCUCCCACCCCCGGAUGCUGAAGCGCCAGCCAGCGAUUGAAUUACCUUUGGGAGGGGAGUACAGUUCUGAGGAGGCUGGACCAAGUAGCAAAGACACAGCCUCCAAACCCUCAGAAGAACCAGAACCCAAGGACAGUGAACUUAGCAAAAAGAGCAAGAAGGGUUUGAAAACAAAAGGGGUGAUCUAUGAAUGUAACAUAUGUGGUGCUCGGUACAAGAAAAGGGAUAACUAUGAAGCCCAUAAAAAGUACUACUGCUCAGAGCUUCAGAUCACAAAGCCCAUCUCUGCAGGUGCUCAUGCAUCUCUGGAAGUCGAAAAGAGUCAGGCUGAGCAUGAGCCAUGGUCCCAGAUGAUGCAUUAUAAACUGGGGACCACCUUGGAACUCACUCCACUGCGGAAGAGGAGGAAAGAGAAGAGCCUGGGGGAUGAGGAAGAGCCACCUGCCUUUGAGUCGACAAAAAGUCAGUUUGGCAGCCCCGGGCCAUCUGAUGCUGCGCGGAACCUUUCCCUGGAAUCCACCAAGUCACCAGCAGAACCAAGUAAAUCAGCGCCCUCCUUGGAGGGACCCAUGGGCUUCCAGCCAAGGACUCCAAAGCUAGGGUCCAGCUCAGAAUCAGGGAAGGAGAGGAGAGCCACAUCCAAAGAAAUUUCUGUCAUCCAGCACACCAGCUCCUUUGAGAAGUCUGACUCUCUCGAGCAGCCCAGUGGCUUGGAAGGGGAUGACAGACCUCUGGCCCCAUUCCCAUCUCCCCAACCUGCCCCACAUGGACGUUCGGCUCACUCCCUGCAGCCCAAGUUGGUCCGCCAGCCAAACAUUCAGGUUCCUGAGAUCCUGGUGACUGAGGAGCCCGACCGGCCAGACCCAGAGCCUGAGCCAGGGCCAGCCCCUAAGGAACCAGAGAAGACAGAGGAGUUCCAGUGGCCCCAGCGCAGCCAGACACUUGCCCAGCUCCCAGCCGAGAAGCUGCCACCCAAGAAGAAGAGACUGCGCCUGGCAGAGAUAGCCCAGUCAUCAGGGGAGUCCAGCUUCGAGUCCUCUGUGCCACUGUCUCGCAGCCCGAGCCAGGAGAGCAGCAUCUCUCUGAGCGGGUCCAGCCGCUCAGCUUCCUUUGAGAGGGACGACCACAGCAAGGCCGAGGGCCCUGGUCCCUCAUCUGACAUUCGCUCCAAACCCUUGGGCACCCACAUGCUGACUGUGCCCAGCCACCACCCGCAUGCCCGAGAGAUGCGGAGGUCAGCCUCAGAGCAGAGCCCCAACGUUUCCCAUUCUGCCCACAUGACCGAGACACGCAGCAAAUCUUUCGACUAUGGCAGCUUGUCCUUGACAGGCCCUUCUGCACCAGCCUCAGCAGCCCCUCUGGUGCCAGUGGCCCCGCCAGAGAGAAGAAAAUGCUUUUUGGUGAGACAGGCCUCUCUGAGCAGGCCUCCAGACACAGAGCUGCAGGAGGCUACCCCCAAGGGAAGACAGGAGAGUGAGGAACCACCACCUUCAUCCAGUAAACCUGCCGCCAAAAGCUCAUUGCCCCAGACUUCUGCACCAGGUGCCCUGCACAGCGGGCACCCAGGAGGCAAGAGCCAGGGGCAGGACAGACCCCCGCUGAGGCCCACUACACCCUACACAGAAGCACUGCAGGUGUUCCAUCACCCCACAGCCCAGACCUCCCUGCAUGAGAAGCCGUACCUGCCCCCACCUGUCUCCCUUUUCUCCUUCCAGCACCUCUUGCAGCAUGAGCCAGGACAGUCUUCAGAAUUCUUCUCCACCCAGACCAUGACCAGCCUCCUCUCCCCACCAUACUCUGUGCCCCCACUUCCUCCCUCCUUAUUUCAAGCCCCACCACUUCCUCUUCAACCUGCUGUUCUGCACCCAGGCCAACUGCAUCUCCCCCAGCUCAUGCCUCACCCAGCCAGCAUCCCUUUUCGGGAGCCCCCUUCUUUUAUGCCUAUGCCAUACCCUCCUUCCUCAGCACUCUCUUCUGGAUUUUUCCUGCCUCUGCAAUCCCAGUUUGCACUUCAGCUCCCUGGCGAAGUGGAAAGCCAUCUUCCCCAGAUCAAAACCAGCCUGACCCCUCUGGCAACAGGGAGUGCUGGUCUCUCCCCCAGCACAGAGUAUACCAUUCCUCCUCCAGCCAGCACCUCAGCUCCCACAUCAGCCCCUCCACUGGCCCUGCCUGCCUGUUCAGACACCAUGGUGUCCCUGGUUGUACCUGUCCGUGUUCAGACCAACAUGCCAUCCUAUGGGAGCGCAAUGUACACCACUCUUUCCCAGGUCUUGGUCACCCAAUCCCAAGGAAGCUCAGCAACUAUGGCUCUUCCCAUGUUUGAGGAGCCUGCAUCCAAAGGGAAGACUGUGUGUGAGGCAGACGUGCAUGAGGUUGUGCCCGGGCCAUCUGGGUUAAGUGAAGAGCAAAGCAGAGCUCUUACAACUCCAUACCUGAGAGUGCCUGUGACAUUACCUGAAAGAAAAGGCACCUCCCUGUCAUCAGAGAACGUCUUAAGCCUAGAAGGAGGUUCAUCAACAGCAGGGGGGAGCAAACGUGUUCUUUCACCAGCUGGCAGCCUUGAACUUACCAUGGAAACCCAGCAGCAAAAACGGGUGAAGGAGGAAGAAGCUUUCAAGGUAGAUGAAAAACUUGAGCUAGUAAAACCAUGCAGUGUGGUGCUUACCAGCACUGAGGAUGGGAAGAGGCCAGAGAAAUCCUCAGGCAGCCAGGGACAGGGCAGGAGGGAGUUAGAAAUGCUGUCUUCAGAUCCAUCUAACCCAAAGGAAAUUCCUAGCCUCCCUUACUCCACAUUGCCCCAUGGGACAGCCCCAGGCUCAGAAGCUUUGAAAGAAUAUUCCCAGCCCUCUUGCAAACCUCAUCGAAGAGGGUUGCCCCCACUGAAGAAAGAAGAUUCCAAGGAACAACCUGACCUCCCUCUCCUGGCACCUCCCAGCUCACUGCCUCUGUCAGAAAUGCCCUCCAGACCAGCCAAGUUGCAAGAAGGUACGGACUUAAAGAAGGUACUGCAGUUCCCCAGCCUCCACACAACCACUAAUGUCAGUUGGUGCUAUUUAAACUACAUUAAGCCAAAUCACAUCCAGCAUGCAGAUAGGAAGUCCUCUGUAUACGCUGGUUGGUGCAUAAGUUUGUACAACCCCAACCUUCCGGGGGUUUCCACUAAAGCUGCUUUGUCCCUCCUGAGGUCUAAGCAGAAAGUGAGCAAAGAGACAUACACCAUGGCCGCAGCUCCACAUCCUGAGGCAGGAAGGCUUGUGCCAUCCAGCUCCCGCAAGCCCCGCAUGACUGAGGUUCACCUCCCUUCACUGGUUUCCCCGGAAGGCCAGAAAGAUCUAGCUAGAGUGGAGAAGGAAGAAGAGAGGAGAGAGGAGCUGGAGGAGGACGCUCCUGCCUCCCAGAGAGGGGAGCCGGCGAGGAUCAAAAUCUUCGAAGGAGGGUACAAAUCAAACGAAGAGUAUGUAUAUGUGCGAGGCCGCGGCCGAGGGAAAUAUGUUUGUGAGGAGUGUGGAAUUCGCUGCAAGAAGCCCAGCAUGCUGAAGAAACACAUCCGCACCCACACUGACGUCCGGCCCUAUGUGUGCAAGCACUGUCACUUUGCUUUUAAAACCAAAGGGAAUCUGACUAAGCACAUGAAGUCGAAGGCCCACAGCAAAAAGUGCCAAGAGACAGGGGUGCUGGAGGAGCUGGAAGCCGAAGAAGGAACCAGUGACGACCUAUUCCCAGACUCAGAAGGGCAAGAGGGCUCAGAGGCAGUGGAGGAGCACCAGUUUUCAGACCUGGAGGACUCAGACUCAGACUCAGACCUGGAGGAAGACGAGGAUGAGGACGAGGAGGAGAGCCAAGACGAGCUGUCCAGACCGUCCUCAGAAGCACCCCCACCUGGCCCACCAGCUGCACUGCAGGCAGACUCCUCACCCAUUCAGGGCCCUCUGCCCCGAGAUGCCACCUCUAGCAAUGAGGAAACACGUGGCAGCUCAGUCUCAGAAGCUGAGCACUUGACAGCCAGCAGUUGCUCCACGUCCAGCCACAGCACCCUGUGCCUACCCAGGCUGGGACUGGCCCCUUCGGGCCCUGUGGAGAAGGAGACAGUCUUGGCCCUGAGCUCCACGUCCAUGUUGCCGAGAAGACCAUGGUCCCCAAGCAAAGAAGCAGGCAGCCGCCUACCACUAGUCCGCAAACACUCACUAACCAAAAGCGACUCAUCUCCCCAGCGAUGUUCGCCAGCCCGAGAACCACAGGCCUCAGCCCCGAGCCCACCUGGCCCCCAAAUGGGCCCUGGAAAGAACACAGGCCUUCUCCCUUGUGGGUCUCCAAGACUGGAGCUGUCUCCUCUCACCACUCAGCCCCCUCGAACACAUCUUCCCCCCAGACACUCGCCCACCAGGAGAUGGUCUCUGGGUAAAGCUGAAUCACCACCACGGUCAGUGCUGCCAGGGAAGUGGGCUUUGGCUGGGCUGGGCAGCACCUCCACAGGCGAAUGUGGCCCAGGCUUGGGACUAGCCCCGCAGGUUCUCUUCCCGGCCACGCCUCUACCUCACAAGCUUCUCAGCAGAAGCCCUGAGCCCUGCGCCUCCUCCUGGCAGAAGGCCGAGUCCCGAAGUCCCUCCUGCUCGCCUGGCCCUGCUCAUCCUCUCUCCUCCCGACCCUUCUCUGCCCCCCAUGACUUCCACGGCCACACCCCAGCCCGGACAGAGGAGAACGUCUUCAGCCACCUGCCUCUGCACUCCCAGCAUUUGGCCCGUGCCCCAUGUCCCUUGAUUCCCAUCGGUGGGAUCCAGAUGGUGCAGGCCCGGCCAGGAGCCCACUCCACCCUGCUACCAGGGCCCACUGCCGCCUGGGUCAGUGGCUUCUGCGGGGGUGGCAGCGACCUGACAGGGGCCCGGGAAGCCCAGGAGCGAGGCCGCUGGAGUCCCACUGAGAGCUCAUCAGCCUCUGUGUCACCUGUGGCUAAGGUCUCCAAGUUCACACUCUCUUCGGAGCUGGAGGGCAGGGACUACCCCAAGGAGAGAGAGAGGACAGGAGGAGGCCUGGGCAGACCUCCCGACUGGGAGCCCCUUGGGGCUGAGGCACCCACAGAGCCAGCGCCCACACACAGCCCCUACACCCCACCACUCCAGGGCCACCGGGAAGCACAGUCCUGGAGCCCCUGUUUGGAGUCUCUGCACACACUGGUCAACACUGAGGCCUCUGCCACCCCACCACUGGACCGCAGCAGCUCCAUGGGCUGCUUGGCGGAGACUUCUGCUCACUUCCCAGCCCGGAGGAGGAACCUCUCUGGGGAACCCAGGACCAGGCCGGGCUCCCCCCAGCCCUCAGGAAGUCGGGAGCCCAGGGCACCUCCACACCAGCCUGAGGACAGGGGCCCCUCAAAGCACUUAGCCUCUCUCUGACCGCUUCAGCAUCUGGCUUCUGGCGUUCAGCAACAGACAUUUCCAGCCAAAUUCCUCGAAUCAUCCUGCUUUCAUGGGACCCACUUCCAUCUGUCCCUCUGUCCAAGCAGUUUCUGCCCAGCCCCCAUCUGCUGUAUUUUCCCACGUAUGCAGUUAUCUGUGCCUUUUUCUAUACCUUUUGUUGCUUGAAAAGAAACAAAUCACACACAUACAUAAAAAAAAAAAAAAACAAGCUCGAGGAAUGUGAGGCUGUGAAUAGUUUGUACUUUCUGGAGAAAGACUGUAGGUGGAGCCUCCUUACCUACAGUCAGCAACCACCUCACCCCCAAAGCUGGCAGACGGAAAGGGGAUGCACCGAGGGAGAAGAAACACUUUUAAAAAUAUGUAAUGAAAUGUAAAGGCAAGCACUCCUCUGUACAGUUGUUUAUGGUUUCUAUUUAUUGCCUCUAUCUUGCCCCAACAGGUGGCUACUCCUCUCUGCCACCAAAAAGGGCAGUGUCCUAAGGCAGAGGGACAUAAACACACCCACCCAGGAUGACCCCAGAAAAAUCAUCUUUUCCUUUUUUUCUUUUUUGAUGCAAGAAAAAGAAAGAAAACAUUACUUUUCCUAGGAUUUCAACAUAAAAUUACAGGAGCAGGUAGAAGGUAGGAGCUGGGCUGCUUCCCCUAGGGCUCUAGGAUACCCUGGUAGUCUGAUUUGUGGGCCCACCCUGGCAUUUGACAGGUAGACAAACACCCCACCCUCCCAACCCUGAUCUUGUGCCUCCCUUUUGCACCCCACCCCUGCCCCCAGGCCUGAGAAAGAACCCCUGACCUACUAUUUCCCUGUUCCCGAGCAGAUGGCCCAGGCCAUCUCUAUUCUAAAAACCAUUCACAAAGCUGGACCCAAACCAUAGGGACUGUUCCUGAGACUGGGGGUGUGGGUUUGUUGCACCUUGAUUCUUGGGGUACCAAGGACCAUAUUUCCUUCAUGGCUGGGCUUUUCCAGUGCUGGGCACCAAAGGUUUAUAGGGACCCAUUUCUGGACCCCAUUGCAGCAGGACUGGUUUCCCCUAUCCCUGCCUCACACUGUCCCUUCCCCCAAUAUCCCAGAGAAAUACCCCAAACCAUGCCUGGUGGGAGCUGCCAGGGCCCGUUUGUUGGCUUAAACCUCUUCUAAAAAGAGACAGAGAAAGAGGAUGAUGUUCAAUUCUUUCUCCAGCCUUCUGAUUCUCUUGAACCAAAGGAUUAAAUUGUCCUAAGUCAUUUGGAUUUUUCUCCAAAGCAGUCAGAACUGGCUAGUGCCUCUUCCUUAGACCCAUCUCUACCUGAAGCUGCCCUGCACUUCCUUCAGGCAAAAACCUAGUUUGUAAGAAACAUCAUAUGACCAGAAAUUUAAAUCCCUGUUUGAGAUAUGGCACUUGAACUCUAAUGUGUUCCCUGUACCCUGGGAGAGGUAGUAUUUCCCCAAUCUUCUAUAAAUGAUUUCCUUUACUCUCUACAAGGGGGAGAAAGUACAGGGAACAGGGCCUAAUUCAUGUAGCCUGGGUGCUGAUGGCACCUUGUGCAGAGCAGGGUCCUAUCUGGCCUGCCCACAGUCCUCAGCCAGGUUUUUGGAAGAGCCAAGUGCUUGUCCAAGAGCUCCUGAGCUGUCCAAGUUGUUUAAAAGGAUGCAGUAGGUGGGAGGGUCAAGACCAUUCUGCAAGCUUCCUGUGCCUGGCCAUGCUUCCCUCUUCCACCAGCUCACAGCUCUUCAUUUGCUUGGCCCAGGCUGGGUGGGCACACCAGCCACAGGUCCAAACUAUAGCCAGACAACCUUAUUUACCCCUGAGGCUCCACUGUGCAACACGGUCCUGGGGAGUCUGGUCAGCCAGGAGCUCCUGGCUGCUUGACUCAGAAUCCAGGGCUCUCGUCCACCCUGGGAGAAGCCAGUAAGCCCAGCCUGGACCAUACUGGUGCUGUUUUGGCCUGGUGAGAAGUGGGCAGGAGCCCCAGCCUCAAGAGGCCAGAGCUUUCCUUGCCCUUGUCUUUCCUGCCUUCUGGCCCUUGCCCAUGGGGCUGCCCACAGAUGGGACACUUCAAGGGCUGAGGUCUGGAAGCUGGACAAAGGGCAUUGCUUCAGCCCAGGUUGGACACCUUUCUGGGCAAGAUCUUCCAGCCCCAGGCCUACAAGGCAGCAAAUUGGGGGCUGUGCUGGACCAGCCUCCAACUUUAGGGGGUAGCCAUCCCUCACCCAUCCUGCACCCAAGCUCACCUGGGCACUACCCCCUGCACUCAGCCCACUCACCAAAGUUUUCCUUCCUGGGCAGCCUAGUCAUUGACAGUGGUCAUCUGUUGUCAGGAGCCAUCAGGCUCUGGCAGAGGAGAAGUAACCAGGGCCACCAGUCACUAGAGACCUACUUCUAACUGCUCAGGGGGAAUCUGGCCAAAGGGCUACUGCCCCAUCCAGAGGGAUGGAAUCCAUGCCCCAAGCCUGGGGUGUAUGUCACUGGGCACAGAUCUAACCCUCUUCUGAUCCCUCAAGAUGCUGACUCCACUCAUGUCCUCCCCUGGGCCUUCUGCCCUGCUGCCAACCACUUCUGCAGUUCCAAUUUGCCUAUAAUGCUAUUGUCCCUAUUAAGAGAAGAAUGGAGAAAGCAGUGAGUGAUUUGUUGACACAGUCACCUGUUCUAUGCUCUGUUGAGAUGACUUUUCCUUGGUACAGACUCCGGUCCUUGGGUGUUAGCAGUGGGGAAGGAACCAACUGGCCUCUGCUAGGAAUUUCAAUCCACCUGCCACCUAGGCCUGUCCUCCAGGAUGCCCUUCACCCUGGCACUCUCAGGGUCAUUCUGGGUACUAACCCUACUCCCCUCCAAAGGCAGCCUGCCCUGCCUGGGUCCCAACCAUGGCUCACACAUUGGCCUCAACCUCUGGGACCUCCAGGAGCCUAACAGCAGAUCUAACCCCCACAACCUCCAAAUCCCAGACCCAGAAGUCUCCCCACCUCCCUCUUUUGGGAAAAGUCUGAAAGAACUACCUUCCAGAUUCCUCUACCCUCUGCUCUAUUCCCCCCACACCCCUAGCGGUUCUGAAGAAGAACAAACAAAUAUCUGAGCUGAAUUUCUCUCUGGUCUUUUUUCCAGAUAAAUCGUUCUUAAAACAAAAGUCCUAGCUGAGCAGGGGAACUUGGGGACCAAUCUGCCACGUUGACCGGGGGUGGGUGGGGGAAGAAAGCUCCUGAAGGCCUGUUCCACUAAAUUCUGCUUCUGUGUUGUGAAUCCAGUCUGCUUUCCAUUAGAAAACUGCUUCAGCACUUGUGAUCACUUUACUAAAUCUACUGUUUAAACGAAAAGAAAAGAAACAUGCAGGCAAAUGUAAGAUACAUGCUUUCUCUAAGAUAAAUAUUUGCCGUUUUUUCCUAAAAGGUAUACGUAUUCUGUAUGUGAAAUUGUCUGUAGAAAGUUUCUAUGUUCUUAAAUGGCAAUACAUUCCAAAAAUUGUACUGUAUAUAUGUACAGUGAUUGCACUGGGAUGGGGUAGUUAUGCCUGUAAUUUUAUUUAAACGCCAGUUUCUAAACUUGCAUCUUGCAAUGUUGGUAUGGUAUAUAUCAGUGCAAAAGAAAAAAAACAAAAACUAAAACAAAAAUCCUUGCAGGUCUAAAGCACAGAGUCUGCCGUACAAAAGGAAAAAAAUGCUCAGUAUUGAUGUGUGUGACCUUUGUUGUAAAUUACAUCUGUACUGUGAAUGAGAAGUUUUUACAAGUAUAAUAAUUGCCUUUAUUACAGCUGUGGCUGAGUGUUCAGCCUGAGGAUAUUUUUAAAAAAAAAAUAGCACGUUGGAAUAAAUUUGAAAAUCCCAACA